AUGUCAUACACUUUUAACGAGACACUAACACCGCUAUCACAAGAAGGCUAUGAUACGGGUGGUGGAUCUUCAGAUAACUUUAGGAGUAGUGCUACCAUUAGGGCGGUUGCUGGUUUCUUUGCUAUAACGGCCACUCUUUUGUCAGCGUUUUCUGUAUGGUCUCACCUCAAACAUUACAAAAAACCGCGAUAUGUGGUGCGAAUUAUAUUAAUGGUACCAAUUUACGCUGUUUCUUCUUGGAUUAGCUUGACCUCAACAAAUGCUGCCUUCUAUGUUGAUUGUUUAAGGGAUAUGUAUGAAGCAUUUGUGAUCUAUUGCUUUUUUAAUCUUUUAGUAAAUUAUAUUGGCGGAGAACGAGCUCUCUUAACCCUACUACAUGGUCGCCCACCAACUUCACAUCUUUUUCCUGUCAAUCUUUUUUUCAAAGAAAUGGAUGUUGGUGAUCCUUAUACGUUCCUCUUUUUGAAGCGUGGUAUUCUUCAAUAUGUAUAUAUAAAACCGGUGUUAGCUAUUAGCACUAUGAUUCUAAAGUGGUCAAAUGUAUAUGACGAAGGUCUUAUUGAAUUUACAAAUGGGUUUGCACUUUCUAUACUUGUGUAUCUUGGAAUUAUUAGUGACACCGAAUCAAAUUCAGCGCAAAACAUAUCAGUUUCAAUUCAAGACUUUCUGAUAACUUUUGAAAUGUUGAUUGCUGCAUUUGCACAUGGGUACGCUUUUUCAUACAAGGACUAUGUCGACCCUAGUUACCGGUCAGGCCGUAUGCCUAUUAAAUAUGCUUUCAAAGAUUGUAUGGGAUUUAGAGAUGUGAUCGAGGAUACAUUAGAAACGAUUAGAGGUUCACGAUUUAACUAUAGAACCUUUGAACCGGCUGAAGGGAUGGCACAUACUGGUCCAAGCAGAACAGCGCGGAUAAUGGCUGGAUUACGAUUUACUGGUGGUGGCGCUGGUAAAUAUUGGCUUCCUGGCCCAAAUUCUAAUACACCUUUGCUUUCUAGGCAAAUGGAUGAUGAUAGAAAUAGUUUAAAUUUUCAUGACCCUGAUCCGAAUGAUGAAGUGGAACAUAUGUAUGACCACAGUAGGAAAUUGGGGGAAUAUGGGGAUUAUAACUUUCCUGUAAUUGAUUCGAAUCGGUAUAAGUACCAGCAUCCACCACCUCCGAAACCACAAAGAAAGAGAACCAUGUCCAAAAGGAGAUUAAGACUAAAAGGAAAGGAUGGUUGUGUGGAUCUUGUUAGAGAAGUAAAAGAUGGAAAGGGAAAAAGAUUAGAGAGCAUUGCUAAUUCGAUUACAACAUCACCUCAUGGACCACCUUUAACAUCAAUAAUGCAACCAUAUGAAUCCAUAUUAGCAAGAGACCCAUUUAUUCCAGAACCAAUAGUACCUAGAGAUGUACCUCGCACAUUGCCGAUAAGUAUAGUUAAUCAACAAGAAAUCGAAAAUAACAAUGACAUUGAUGACCCUCUUGCAAUAAAUCAAUCGAGUUAUCUUAGCACCUCGUUAGAGAAAAAUAACUGGGGCAAUGACGUCUGGAAAUAA